GCCGCGCCGUUCGUUUCCCCCGCGCGGGCCGAGGAGGGCCGGGAGCAGAGCGCUCCUUUCGCAGCCAACGCGGCGGUGCCGGGAUUGGUGCGGCGUCUCUGGGCUGAGACGUACCGGGCGUAGGGAUGGAUGCUAGACAAAGUGUCUCGUGUACAAACCGCUCCGAAUAUUUACAGAAGUGUCGAAGUCCCAAAUUCCCAAUUCCGCCAACUUUGCGGCCAUUGAUCCGCGGGAGUUCGGAGUUGGACAUCAAAGGUCCGUGCUCCUUCUACUGCGACCUGCCAGCGGGAGCCGCGUCCCCGAGCAUGGAGCGGAGGAGCGAGAGCCCCUGCCUGCGGGACAGCCCCGACAGAGGCAGCGGCAGCCCCGAUGUCAAGGGCCCCCCCCCCGGGAAGGUGGCCAGGCUGGAGCAGAACGGCAGCCCCAUGGGCACCCGCGGGAGGCCCAACGGCGCCGUCGCCAAGCCCGUGGGAGGUUUGAUGAUUCCAGUCUUUUGUGUGGUGGAGCAGUCGGAUGCCUCUCUUGAAUAUGAUAAUCGAGAAGAGCAUGCUGAGUUCGUUCUGGUUCGCAAAGAUGUGCUCUUUAGCCAGCUGGUGGAGACAGCGCUCCUGGCUCUGGGGUAUUCCCACAGCUCUGCGGCUCAGGCACAAGGAAUAAUCAAGCUUGGGAGGUGGAAUCCCCUCCCUCUCAGUUACGUGACUGAUGCACCAGAUGCAACAGUAGCUGACAUGCUACAAGAUGUCUAUCAUGUUGUGACACUGAAAAUCCAAUUACAAAGUUGUUCCAAGUUGGAAGACUUGCCAGCAGAGCAGUGGAACCAUGCCACAGUUCGCAAUGCCUUAAAGGAACUGCUCAAAGAGAUGAAUCAGAGCACAUUAGCCAAAGAAUGCCCUCUUUCACAGAGUAUGAUUUCAUCCAUUGUAAAUAGCACAUACUAUGCCAAUGUGUCAGCAACCAAGUGCCAGGAGUUUGGGAGAUGGUACAAGAAGUACAAGAAGAUUAAAGUGGAAAGAGUGGAAAGAGAAAACCUUUCAGACUAUUGUGUUCUUGGUCAACGUCCCAUGCACUUACCAAAUAUCAACCAACUGGCAACUUUGGGAAAAACUAACGAACAGUCUCCUCAUGGCCAAAUUCACCACAGUACUCCAAUCCGAAACCAAGUGCCAGCGAUGCAGACAAUGAUAAACCCUGGGCUCCUGUCUCCUCAGCUCAGUCCACAACUUGUGAGGCAGCAGAUAGCAAUGGCCCAUCUGAUAAACCAACAGAUUGCCGUCAGCCGGCUAUUGGCUCACCAGCACCCACAAGCUAUCAACCAGCAGUUCUUGAAUCAUCCACCCAUCCCUAGAGCUGUCAAACCAGAGCCAUCAAAUUCAUCGGUGGAAGUCUCUCCAGAUAUUUACCAGCAAGUCAGAGAUGAGCUGAAGAGAGCCAGUGUAUCUCAAGCUGUCUUUGCAAGAGUAGCAUUCAACCGCACACAGGGCUUGUUGUCUGAGAUCCUGCGUAAAGAAGAAGACCCUCGGACAGCUUCCCAGUCUCUCCUGGUAAACUUAAGGGCGAUGCAGAAUUUCCUCAACUUGCCUGACUCAGAACGGGAUCGAAUCUAUCAAGAUGAGAGAGAGAGAAGCAUGAACCCUAAUGUGAGCAUGGUGUCUUCAGCAGCCAGCAGCCCAAGCUCCUCUAGAACCCCCCAGGCCAAAACCUCGACACCAACAACAGACCUCCCCAUUAAGGCGGACGGCGCCAACGUCAACAUCACAGCUGCCAUUUAUGACGAGAUCCAACAGGAGAUGAAAAGGGCCAAGGUAUCUCAAGCUCUGUUUGCCAAAGUGGCUGCCAAUAAAAGUCAGGGCUGGCUGUGUGAGCUACUUCGCUGGAAAGAAAACCCGAGCCCAGAAAACCGCACCCUCUGGGAGAACCUCUGCACCAUUCGCCGCUUCCUGAACCUUCCUCAGCAUGAGAGGGAUGUGAUCUAUGAGGAGGAAUCCAGACAUCACCACAGUGAACGUAUGCAGCAUGUUGUCCAGCUCACUCCUGAGCCUGUGCAGGUGCUGCACAGACAGCAGUCCCAGCCUGCAAAGGAGAAUUCCCCACCGAGAGAAGAGGCUCCUCCUCCACCCGCUGAGGACAGCUGUGCCAAAAAGCCCAGAUCCCGCACCAAGAUAUCCCUGGAAGCUCUAGGUAUCCUUCAAAGCUUUAUCCACGAUGUAGGUCUCUACCCUGAUCAGGAAGCCAUUCAUACCCUCUCUGCUCAACUGGAUCUCCCCAAACACACCAUCAUCAAAUUUUUCCAGAACCAACGUUACCACGUAAAGCACCACGGGAAGCUAAAAGAGCAUUUGGGAACAGUGGUUGAUGUGGCAGAGUACAAGGAUGAGGAGCUGCUGACAGAGUCGGAGGAGAACGACAGUGAGGAGGGCUCGGAGGAGAUGUACAAAGUGGAGCCUGAGGAGGAAAACCCCGACAAAAGCAAGGCAGCUCCAGCAGACAUCGACCAGAGAUAAUGUGAGAUAGGAACACAGAAAGCAAUACCGUGAUCCAAGGAUGUUGUUUCUGUUUUUGUUUUUGUUUUUUUUACUUUUUACUUUUUGUUUGUUUUUGUUGCGCAUGAUCCAUGUGCAAACUGAGUGAAUUCGGCAUUGCCCAGUCAGACAUCGCCUUGACACAGACACUUGAGUGUUACACAUCCUACAUGUGACCGGAGUAAUCAUUGUAAUCACAUAGGAUUAUGCCUUCAUUAAUCUUGCACUUGUGAAAGGGACAUCUAGCAAGUAAACGGGAAGAAAAAGUCCUAUGAAAUCAAUGAAGGAAAAAUAACAACUUUGUGUGUGUGUAUAUAUAUAUUUACAUAAAAUAUAUAUAUAUUAAAAUUGCAUGGGACGGAACUUUGCAACCUGAAAGUAUAGACUGUGAAAUAAGUUCUUUAAAGAUGAGACUUGUUUAUGUAUUAAAACCACUUCACAAUGAGUUGCUUUGGCUUUUUGAUAAACUGCCGCCUGCUCUCAGGGUGUGGUGACUAUUUUUGAAUUCCUAUUUAUUUUCUAUGUUUAUCCCUGAUUUUUUUUUUUUUUAAUUAUUAUUAUAUGGCUUCCUAUCUGGCAACUUGAUGGGUAAUUUUUGAGGUAUGUAUUUAAAGAUGUAAAUCAACACUGCCAAAAAAAGAAAAAAAAAAGAAAAGAAAAGAAAAAAGAGGAAAGAGAGAAAAUGGAAAAACAAAUCAGGGCACCUUAAAAAGAAAACUAGUAAGUUAAAGUACUUUAAACAAAAUGCGCACUUAAAUGGAUACAGCAUGUUCCACUCUUCAGACAGUCCUUUCUGUAGUGAACAGACGAAUCUUCAUGAGAGUAAGGAUGACUAAAGCUGAAGUUCAAUGCAUAGAAGACUUGUUCACUAAAGAGGUCUUUAUAGAAAGCGAAGAAAAAUUACGUGUUGAGAUUUGAUGUAUGGAAUUCAUACUUUGAACCACAUUUUACUGUGGAUUUUAUUUACUUGUUCUCUGUUUCAGAUCUUAAGACUUAUAAGCUUCCUUCUUGUUGCUUUUUGUUUUUACUGAAGUGAAACACAUACACACACACACGCAAGUGUAAACUUACAUUGGGACACAGAAUGCCACAAUCCCAAUAAUCCAGGUAGACUGCUGAGAGAUAAAGGGUUUGCGUUGCUGAUUCCCAUUCACCCUCCUCUCCAGCCUCCCUGUGUUUCUGUUUUAGCUGGGCUUCCUCUGUGUCAUGCAUUUUGUGCCAGUGAAAUGAAGUGUUUUCAGCCACGGGUCUCCCAAGCUGCAGCCCCCGCAGCGCUGAGCACCCGAGGCCUCCCUGCCAUGGGGCACCAGGCCCUU